UUAUUAAUGGAUUUUUUAUCAUCAUUUACUUCUAUUAAUUUGAUUUCUUUUUAUUUUUUAUCUUGAGAAAAUUGAACAUUAUCCAUUUUUGUAGAAAAAGGGAAAUUUGUUCAAUAGAUUAUGUCUCCCCCUACUUUAUCGGCAGUGCAGUAAUUCCCGCCAAUUUUUCCCCACUGUCGCAUUGUUCAUUUCUUGUGUUCAUCCAACUGUUGAACGGUUGGAGUUAUUAUUUGUUAGCAAUAGUAUUUAUCUAUCAGUUAUUUAUAUAAAUAAAUUCAUCAUGGUGAUUGAGACGAAGUCGCAGGAGCCAUUUCGUCUGAAGGAUGCGAACGGUCAGACCCAGACAUUCGACAGAACCAGUGCCGACUUGAAACACUUCACUGGAAGAUUCAUUCAGGAGAAUCAACAGUUUUCCAAACAAUUUUUCCACGUUUACUCGUGCAGACUUGAAGAGUUACGACCAGUUCUUGUUGAAAAUGCUCAUAAAAAAUGGGGGAAGGACGUAAAGAUCUUAAAGCUCGCAGAGGUCGAAAAUUUCGAGAACGAGCGGUGCGCAAUAAUAGGAACGCUCUUCAAACACCAAUUAUGGAAGCCCUCGAUCCUUCGUGAGCUGAACGAGGAUGCCCAGGAGGCCGGGCUGAUCCCCGAGAAGCACGAGAACUACACCAGUGAUAAAGACAUUCCCUUCCUGGAGGACGAGAUGUUGAGAAUAAAAAUUGUCGGACCUAAGGUCGAGAUUUCUGAUGUAGUAACUGGAAUAGUCGUGGCACUACUCGGCAAGAAGCUGGAGGAUGGAACAUUCGAAGUUGAGGACUGGUGCUAUCCAGGGUGCGUCCCUAAGUCUCCCCCGAAGGGUCCGAUUUCUGAGGGAAAAAUACUUUUGGUCUCUGGACUGGAUUUAGCCCAUUAUUCAGACACCCUAGCACUUGGACUUUUCACAGAGUGGAUCACAGGGAUGGCGGGGAGUUUACCAGCCCAAGAGGAGACAUCAUCAAUCGUAAAUUUAAUAAUCAUUGGAAACAGCGUGAAAGCGACGAGUUCAGACAGUCACACAACGACAAAAGGGCUCAUGACAAACAGAGCCCUGGAGUCUGCAGAGACCUCUGAAAUAGCCUCGGCAGUGAAGAAACUCGAUGAGCUUCUGUCUGACAUCCUCGAACAUUGUCAUGUUACCCUCAUGCCAGGCCAGCACGACCCGACGAACCUGAUGCUCCCCCAGAAGCCCAUUAAUCGGUUUAUGCUGCAGAGUGCCCACAAGUAUGAGACUUUCAAAGGAGCUCAUAAUCCGUGGUUGGGCAGCAUUGGAGGCAGGAUUAUCGCUGGCUCCAGUGGACAACCCAUCGAGGACAUCAUGAGGGUCUGUGGGGAGAGGAACACAAAGAGUCCUCUUGAGUGGCUUGAAACAACUCUCGAGUGGAGGCAUUAUUGUCCUACUGCACCAGAUACUCUUCCGUCUUAUCCUUACCAUGACAAGGAUUUGUUUAUCAUGCAGGAGUGCCCAGACAUCUAUUUUGUGGGGAAUACUGAUAAGUUUGAGAGCAAAAUAUUUAAGGGUGAAAAUGGAGCGGAAGUUCGACUAAUUUCAGUACCAAAAUUCUCAUCUACCAGUACAGCAGUGGUCCUAGAUCUCAAGAGCCUCGAUACCAGUCCCAUUUACUUUGGAAAUAAUUAACUUCCGUUUUUUACCACCACCCGAAGUACUUUUUCUAUGUCAAUGUUUAUUCCAACAGAAGAAGUAACAUUCGAGAGCAAUUUUUCUAGUUGUCAAGCAUUUUCAUUUCGAUUUCUAAAGUCCGCACGAGUCUUUAUUUACGUUCAUGCAUUUAAUUACUAUUUAUUUUGAUACUCAUUGUCCGAGGCAAAUUAACGGACUUCUCUCAGAGCUCAAACCCCUGAAGACCACUCCCAUGGACUCUGUAGACAUCUAAGCAACCACCAUUUGUACAUUUUAACUCAUCUUAUAGUUCAAUUACAUAAAGAAAAAAAAUACUCUUGACUUGGCACUUUUUUUUUAUUUCACUGUUUGAUGAAUCGUCCGAAAUAUAAAUACAUUUUACUUUUCCAUUUA